AUGGAAAUCGACAACGUCAACUUCUGGGGCCACCUGCCCACCAUCCUCGACGCGAUUGCUGAUGCCGAGUUCAUCUCGCUCUCGCUGAUCGGCAUUCCCGAUCCCAUUGCCAAAAGAAACCGGUCCAAGGAGGAGCUCUACCGCGAGCUGGUAGAGCACUCCAAGACUUACCACGUCUCCAAGAUUGGCCUCACUUGUUUCCAGUACGAGGAGAACAAAAAGGAAUACUCUGCUCGUAGCUUCAACUUCGCCAUCACCCCUUGGUUUCGUUCCGAGAACUUCCAGGCGGAACUGAUCGCAAAGACCGUCAGUCGAACAUACUCCUUCAGCCACGACAUUCUGAAACAGUUGAGGACACACGGCUGGGAUCACAACGAAGCUUGGGAGCGUGGUGUCCCUUACUUGACCCGCUACGAAGCGCAAACAGUCGAGGAACGUUUCCUCCAGCCCUGGGAGUCCAAGACGCCGUUGAACGUCAACAAACUAGAUGUCGAGUCCAAGAAAUUCCGGAAUUGGGCAUAUGACCAGAUUACAUCUUGGUUGAAAACAGAGGACAAAACCCUUGACUUAGCGACCCCCUCAGGCAAACGGUUCACCAGCCUUCAAGUUGGGCUCGUUUGCCAACUCGUCCAUUCCCGCUUUGAUGAGUGUCGCGCCACGCCCAAGGAUGACCAUCGCGUCAUGCACAUCAAGAAGCUCGGUCGCCCAGAGCUCACCAAGGAGAGAUUGGCGAGCCGCCGUACUGCAUUGACGCGACAGUCAGGCUUUCUCUACGUGGUAGAGGCCCUCCUCGGGGGACAAUUUGCCGACGAUAUCGAGCCCGAGCUGUGCUUGCUAUACGUAUCGGGUAUGGCUCACGACUUGCGCGAACAACUCAUCUCGAAAUUCCGUAAACGACUCAAAGCAGCUGAAGACAGGAACAGAGCCAAACGACCAAUCCUGCUAGUACACUCUCAGCUCGACAUGCUGUGUCACUUUUACUCGACAUUUCUGGGCCCACUCCCAAAGACACUCGACGAAUUCACCAAGAGGAUUCAUCAAAUCUACCCUCGAAUCGUGGACACUAGAGUUUUGUAUUCCCCGGACACCUUCCUACCUCUUAACCGCGACCAUUUGACCGAGCUGUUCUCUGCCGCAAAGGAGGAGGGAGGACCUCAUGUGACACAGGUACAGGGACUGAAAUACAAGGACAAGAUGGAUGAAGAACAUGGUCCUUACGGCUGGUAUUCCAACCUCGCGUUCCUCAAGGUCGCAGCAAAGAAGUUGCAGAAAGAGCCCUGGCUUUGCAGAACCAGGCCCCAGAAGACGCACGGGACCAUGAGAAUGAAGGCGAAGAAACCAAGCAAGCUCUUCUUCACCCUCAACCCCUUUGUACCCGACAGCAUCGUCAGUCGUCGUUCAAGCAUCUGUUCUUCCAUUGCUUCUGGCAUGACCAUGACCGGAAGCAUGGUUGACACCCCGCCCAGUGUCAUUGGCGAUGGCAGUGACGAGGAGGAGGAGGAAGAGAAGCAGGAGGCACCCGAGAUCGAUCGUCUUCCGCCGUGGGAGGCGGUUUUCUGGGAGAAGUUUGGAAACAAACUGAUCCUCGACGACGGCGAAGUCUUGCCACUCGCUGCUUCGAUUCCGCCCAGAAAGACCAGGGUUCUUCGGAAUUUGUAG